CUCCUGCUGCCGCUGCCGCUGUGUUGUCCCGUUGCCGCCCCGACCGCCGCCUCCACCGCCGCCUCCACCGCCCACCGCGCCGGCCUCUCCCCCUGUCCCGUCUCCCCCAUGGCCUCCGCCGCGGCGUCCGCCGUCUCCUUCGCCAGGCCCGUCAAGGCAAUCUGUGUCAACUCGGUCUCCUUCUCUGCUCUAAGGAAAGACAAUGUAUCCUUCCGUUUGCAGCCAGUUCCCCAGAGAUUUUCUGUUUGCUGUGCAGCCAAAAAGGAGACAGUAGAGAAGGUUUGUGAUAUUGUGAAGAGCCAGCUUGCGCUGUCUGAUGACACUGAAGUUUCUGGCUCCUCCACAUUUGCUGAUCUUGGUGCCGAUUCUUUGGAUACGGUUGAGAUUGUUAUGGGCCUCGAGGAGGCUUUUGGAAUCAGCGUGGAGGAAUCGAGCGCUCAGACCAUCGCAACGGUGGAAGACGCCGCCAACCUGAUCGACAGCCUUGUUGGAAAGUAAACUCAAUUCAUGGCAAUAAUGCGGCAGGAGCUUAAACGGCUGCUGCUUGACCACUGCAAUGGUUGCUGCUGGAUGGAUCCCUUUUGACGUGCUAGAUUUUACCGUGGAGAGUUGGUGACAUAUGUAUCAGUGUUUUUGCCUGUCUUGCGAUAUUAUUCAUGACAUUUAAGUUAUUGUUCAAGGAAUUAUUUUUUGUUGAA